AUGCCUAUCGUGUAUCAAGCGCUGGACAGAGAUGCCCAGGAAAUCCGGAUACUGAUUCUGCGGCCCGACGCUGACAGCUCGUUCCCGUACCGCUGCGAUCUCGAACACGUCCCGCUGGCAGAUGCAGGAACAUUCUCCGCACUUUCCUACGUCUGGGGGCCACAAGAAGAAAACCGCGCCCCCGUCGACGUCGACUACUCGGUCCGCGACGCCACGACCGGCGAGUCCAUGUAUGUGGCGUCGUUCAGCACCACCAUCGGCGAGAACCUCAGCUGGGCCCUCCUGAAUCUUCGCGGCGGCCGCGACGACGAGCUGCGGCUUUGGGUCGACGCCCUGUGCAUCGACCAGGCCGACGACGCCGAGAAGACGUGGCAGGUCCAGCUGAUGGGCGACAUCUAUGCUGCCGCGGCCACGACACUCGUGUGGCUCGGCCCCACGGCCGACAACCGCGACGGGCCGCAGAUGUUCUCGCUCGAUGCUGUCGCCCUGGUCGCUGACCGCCUGCAGCGCUUCGAGUGCUGGCGCACGUGCGGCUACGCUCCUAUGAGCGUGUGGCUGUCGCGGGGCGCCAACUGGACACGUCGGGACGACGAGAUGGAAUCGCAAGCACAGCGCGAUGUGAUGCGCGCCGGCCGUCAGAUCAUGGGCAUGAUUGACGAAAUCCCCAGGUUGUUCAUCCUGCUCAACAACUUGGCCAAGUGCCCUUGGUGGACGCGCGCCUGGGUGCUGCAGGAGCUGCUGCUGGCCAACAAGGUCGCGUUUGCCUUUGGCGACCGGCGUGUCGACGGCGACAUGUUUGUGCUAGUCAUGCACCUUGCCUGGGGCAUGCGCGACUCGCUGCUGCUGCACGACUCGCCGCUGCUCAACGCUGCCAAGAACGCCAUUGUCCACAACUACGCCCGCAACCACAUCCCCGAGCUCAACCCCCGCAUGCUCGGCACGCUGACCAUGAGGGCCAUCCCGGGGCGCUACCUGGGCCUCGACCACCUGCUGACUAUGUGCUACCUCGGCAGCUACGGGCAGGACGCCGCUAUCCACUCCACGGACCCGCGCGACCUCAUCUUCGCUCUGCUGGGCCUGGCCAACGACGCACUGGGCAUCGAAAUCAACUACGCGCUCUCGGCAGCCGACGUGUUCAACCGCGCGAGCAUGGCGUUCCUGCGCGCCGGCGACGGCUCGUUUCUCGUCCUGCCGCGCCGCCUGGCCCGACCCACCGCCACGACGGCCGCAAUCCGCGGCCUCGAGUCGUGGGCCGUGAACUGGUCAGAGUUCCCAUACAACGGCCUGACGUGGAGGUCGUUCAACGCGUGCGGCGGCACCAAGGCGCAGGCCAGCGAGGUCAUGUUCAUGGACCCGGGCGAGGACGAGCCGGCCAUAAAAAUCGUCCUUCGCCUGGCCGGCACGGUUCUCUGCACCGUCGCCACGGUCGGUCCUACGUUCCGGCAGGCCUUCCAGUCAGACUCGCAGGACUUUCGUGACACCGACUACACCGACUUUGACCGCGACGCUCCCGAGUUGCAGCAAAUUAGCGAGCGACUACAGCUGCCCGGGCGCGACAUACCGGCUGUCGACGACCAUGCGCUGCAGUUUUUGCUUCAGCGGCGCUGGCUCCGCGAGCUGCUCGCGCGUGUCGCGGAGGCCAGAAGGUCCAGCGCCAACAACAACACAAGCGGUAGUGACGUUCCAGCCCCAGUGCCAGCAGCAGAGAUGCCGAACUGGAAGGUGUCGCUCGAUGUGGCCCUGCUGGGCGGCAACACCAUCAUGAACGAAGACGGCAGCCAUGCACAGCUCUUCGAGAGGGUGAACUCGGAAUCCGACCUGCUGGAUCCUCUCACGUGGCUGUCAGCGCUAACGCACGGAAGUGGCUGGGCAUAUCUGGCCGACACGCGCCGCCUCGCGUACCAGAGUCGCAGCUUUGCGUCGGCUGAUGGCCGUGUCGGCUAUGUCCCGGACUCGGCUGAGCCGGGCGACCUGGUGGUGGUCUUCUACGGUGUGCCGGCGCCACUGGUGCUAGGGAGCCUUGGAAACGGGUCGUAUGUGGUGAAGGGCCCGGCUUAUGUGCAUGGCGUCAUGAAGGGCGAGUUUGUCGCGGAGCAGCCGCAGCCAACGGAAUUUUUGUUGGCGUGA